AUGCAAACCACGCGUCGCCCAGCGAGUACACAGCCCGACCUCGUCCUCUCACUCGAGCCCCAUCUCAUCAACGUUCUCCGACCACUUCCUCCUCUGCUCCCCCCAGAGCUCGCAUCGCAGCUAUCUACCGUCCUUCCUCCCGACGGCCCCGUUUCCUCGCCGACGAUAUCCUAUGCACUUCUCUCCUCCAUAUCUCGCUGGGCUCGUUCCCCAACUGGCGAGGUAGCUCUCCGAUCCCACUAUCCUCCUCUCCAGCCGCACGAUUAUGCUAUGGUCCCAAUGCUUGCUGGCGCCCGCACCUCUCCGCAUCGCAAAUUCCCUUCAUCGCCAGCUUCCGACAGUCAGGCUGUCGUUUCACGCCAGGAACUCAAUGACAGACGUGCUAUCACCGCGCUUGUAAAUGCUCUCUUGAGUGUCGGCGGAUCAGGUGCUGCCACCUGGUGGGCCGCUGAGAAACUUGCGUGGAAGGACGAAUGGAAGGUAUCGUUAGCCCUCCUCGUCUCCCUCGUCGUCGCUACGUCUGAAGCUAUCCUUUAUAUCAUCUGGGAAGCUCGCCGCUCAAAAGUUUCAACCAGGAAUGGUGUGGCCGUCCAUACCGAUCCUCGUGCCUCUGCACCUAGCCACGAGAAGGAGUGCGAUAACGUGGCCACCUCAACGGCUGUAAAUAGAGUUGACGCCACGAAGGAAGGCAUGGAACGACCCAGCGCUACGAACGAACGUUUCCAGUGGACGCCACCGUCACCCUCUCACCACCGUGACCACUCCUCUGAAAUGUCUUUGGCAGACGCUCUCGUAUCCCCAGUCCCGCAAACUCAGGCUCACCAUCUCGAAGAUGUUGACGACCCUAGCUCCCCCGAAGACGUCGUUGCUGAGGACGAGGAGAUGCAUGACCUUUUUGGCGAAGACGCCGAGCCCGUUCUAACCAAGACCGAAGAUUCUGCUACGCCCGCAUCCUCGGAACCCAUCGAUAAUGCCGACCGUCUGUCCUCCCCCGAACGCAAGCAUAGGGAAGCAAUGGAGUAUGCCGAAGGAGAUGAGCCCGAGCAUGUAGUCGAACAAGUGCUCGAAGCCGACGCUGCUAUUCCCAAUAUCCCUGUUCCAAGAAGCUCGGAUGGUAACUUCUGGGUCAUUCGCAUGCCCAACUUUGUCAAGGUGGACUCCAAGCCGUUUCACUCUGAUACGUAUCUAGGACCAGAACAAGAGGAUGAGGAGGCGCAGUUGCCAGAGACCCUUCGAGAGAAGAGUAUGUCCAUCAAGCUCAAAGUCGAAAACACCAUUCGGUGGCGUUGGGUCAAGGACGAGAACGACGGGGACCGCAGACAGUCAAACAGUCGUGUCGUUCGAUGGUCCGACGGGUCUCUCAGUUUGCAGCUUGGAAAGGAGCUUUUCGACAUCACGCAAACCAUUGACACCUCUGGUGCAGUUCCGCGUCAAGCUAUUGGUGGUUCACAGCCGCAGUUACCCUCGCAGAGUGUUCCUCCGCUAUCUCAGCAAUCUCAAAGUGCCAGCGGACCUGCGAAGUCGCAAGGGCUAACCUAUCUCGUUGCGCAGCACAAGCGCGCGGAAAUUCUGCAGUGUGAGGCGUUGGUUACCGGCUACAUGUCACUGCGUCCGACGGGUAUGCAAUCGGAGACUCAUAGAAUGCUCGUCCGCGCUGUUGGUCAAAAACAUAACAAGGUCGCACGCCUACGCAUGGCGCCUGACCCAACCGUUGACCCCGAACGCGAGAAGAUGGAACUCCUCAAGAUUGCUUCCAGGAAGCCGAAGAAAGCGAGAGGCGAGGAUGACGGAUUGGGUGGUACACGAAGACGACGGGCGAACUACUCAAGGAAGAGGACUGGCGACGAUAUGUGGUCAGACGAUGAAGAGGAGGCUGUAUUUGGAGGUGCCUCGGAUGAAGACUACGACGGUGGCGCAACUGCUAGCAAGGCAAAAAGGUCGAAAAUGAGCAGCCAGGAGAGCAAAAAGGGUCCUGGUGAAUAUCAGACAGACGAUUUCCUCGUCGCCGAUUCCGAGGAGGAAGGCGGAGACUCGGAUGGUGGUCGUCGCAAACGAACGCGUAGUCGGACACAACACCAUGAAGAGGGUCGGAAAGAUGACCUAGAGAGAUUGGAGGCCAAGAUUGAUCGACAGGAGAUGGAAAAGAAGCGCAGGCGAGAAGCCAGUGACAACACGAUUAUGCCGGGUGUUUCGGAGUUGGAUACUGGCGAAGCUAUGAUGGAUGUCGAGAGCGAAGAGGAGGACGCGGAAUUUACUGUGCGCCGCACUCGCAGCGUUCCCGGAGCACGAAAGAGGAGAGCAAUUGAGAUCGGAGACGAGGAGGAAUAA